AUGUUCACGACUGGCGGAGUUCAAGACCAUCUCAAUGGCCAUAGUGGUUUUAUCCUUGCGGUCUUUAUCGUUGUCUCAGCCCUUGUCAUUUUCACCGUCCAUGUUCCACUAGCCCGAUCUUUUCAGCAUGGACUCCUAAGAGUGCUCAAGAUAUGUCGGGUGAUAAGUCAACGCGAGUUUGAGCGCCUUGCUUCAAGGAGACUUCGCUUUCCACUGUCACUUGAGACCGCGCCAGUAAUUGGAGUCAUCCUUCUUCUUGCGACUACAACCAUUGAUGGCAGCACUAUCAAACUCGGGGUAAAAGGCGACGAGAAUGUGAAACCUUACGAUGUUCUGGUACUAUUCAUCUCGCUCGCUUACAUCUCAAUCGCACUCGAUGGUACGGGAGCAUUAGAGGCAGUCGCGUUUUGGGUUUCGAAACGUGGUGGAAGCUCCGGCAUCAGACUCUUCACCUAUCUCUACGUGUUCUUCUUGGGUGUUGGAUGCAUUGUCGGCAACGAUCCACUGAUACUCUCGGGUACUCCUUUUCUCGCAUAUCUGACACAUCAUACACAGAUCGAACCAACAGCAUGGGUCUUUAGUGAGUUUAUGGCAGCAAACACUGCCUCUGCCGUUCUUGUGUCGUCGAAUCCCACCAAUAUUCUCAUUACUGGGAGUUUCGGUCUCAACUUUCUGACUGAUUUCACCAAAUGGACUGUGUUGCCAUCGAUCGUACCUGCUCUGCUCAAUUACCCAGUAUUGCUGGCCAUGUUCUGGAAGAAAAUUCCUCGAGAAAUAGCACCUCUUCAGGACAACCCAUGGUCAAAGCUACGAGAUCCUACGGGCGCAAUCUUCUUCAGCGUGCUCAUGGUUGUCACAGUGGUAGUGCUGAUCGGAACGAGCUUUGUCCCUAAUCAUGCCGUUGAAGUGUGGAUGGUCACAGCACCUGCAGGCAUUCUGGCAUUUCUUUUCGACCUUGGUAGUGAUUGGUGGCGGCACAAACAGCGUAAGGUCGCUAAAGAUCAGGGUCUCUCGGACCAGGCAGCGGAAAUGAGGCCAGUCGAUCGCUCCCCAUCCAUAACGUCGGACAUACACCAGCGGCACAAUGCGCACCCCACACAAGUACAUUCGAAAGAAGAUUCUACACAAACAUGUUCGAAAGGUGAAAACACUCCAGUACUCUCACCAUCAGACCACAAAACAGUCCCAACCAGCACAACAGACACCUCACCCACCCUAUCCUCCUUCCUCCGCUCCUUCAAGACCCACUUCCCCGGCACAUCCCUAACAAUCACCCGCCUCCCUCUCCCCCUCCUCCCCUUCGCAAUCUGCGAAUUCAUCCUCGUCCGCGGCCUUUCCCAACGCGGCUGGAUAAACGUCUUCGCCCACGGCUUCAGCAACGCCUGCACGACCCCCCUCUCCACAGUCUUCUUCUUCGGCUUCGUCUCCGCCGCAUUCCUCUGUCCUCUCGCGGGUACAAACAUCGGCGCGACAAUCAUCCUCGUCGAGAUCCUGCGGGAUCCUGCUUUCUCGGAAUCUCCUGUUGCGAGGGCCGAGCCGAGGAUCAUGCUUGCUGCGAUAUAUGCCACGGCGCUGGGGAGUAAUCUUGGGGCGUUUAGUUAUACUUUUGCGGGGAGUUUGGCGGGAUUGUUGUGGAGAGCGUUGUUGGCGGAUAAGGAUAUUCGGAUUAGUCAGGCGAAGUUUGCGGUGGUGAAUUUCUUGCCGUUGGUGGUGCAGACUACGGUUGCUUGUGCGAUUAUUUAUGGGCAGCUUUAUUGGUUUGCAUAG